GAAACCAUUUUGGAACCAAAAUUUCUAGGUUUCCGGUUUUUUUCAUGCUKUUGUCAUCAAGUCCACGUUUUUGAUCACUUCUUCACCUACAAGCUUAUUUCAUUUUGUUCGUCUUGUUUUGACUUCGUAAACAGGUUUUUCAGCUUGUCAUACUAAGGAACUAAGAUGGCCGACAAGUAUGAUGAAAGAAAAUUACAGAAAGCUUGUGGCGUUUUCGCUUGUGUUACUGCUGAAGGGAUAUCUGAGGCAGACGCUGAUGUAGCGAAUACGAUCUGCCUUGGUCUAGUUGGGCUUCAACACCGAGGGCAAGAAAGUGCUGGCAUCGUAACAAACUGUGGUAAUGAAUUCUACUCACACAAAGGGAUGGGUCUUGUGUCUAACGUGUUUGGUGAAGUAGAACUAAAGAAGCUUAAAGGUAACAUGGGAAUAGGACACACCCGUUACUCWACGGCAGGGUCAUCGGAACUGAUAAACUGUCAGCCAUUUGUGGUGGACACUAUUUAUAGUCAUAUAGCUGUUGCGCACAAUGGUGAAUUGAUUAAUGCAAAGUCUGUAAGGGACAAAUUACUUCGUCAAGGGAUGGGGUUAUCGACUAGUAGUGAUAGUGAAGUUAUAACCCAGUUAUUGACGGCACGUCCACCUUGUGGAGAACCCGAAGGACCUGAUUGGGUGGCAAGAAUCAAGUAUCUCACCAACCAGACCCAGUGCUCUUACUCGCUUGUAAUCAUGACAAAAGACUGUGUAUAUGCUGUCAGAGAUCCUUAUGGUAACCGACCUCUCUGCAUUGGAAUGUUGAAGCGCACAUGUAGUUCUUACAGCCCACAGUUAAAGAGAUUCAACAGCCUUUCUGAUGUUCAAAGUAGACUUCAUUCACAAGAUGAAGUUCUAAGCUGGAUUGCAUCUUCAGAAUCAUGUAGCUUUCCUUCUAUUGGCGCUGUCCUCAUGUACGAAGUGAAUCCUGGAGAGAUAGUACAAUUGACUCCAAAAGGACCAAAAUCACUGGGAAUAAUACCACCUGCCAAAACUGACGAUCUUCCAGCAUUCUGUAUAUUUGAGUAUGUCUACUUUGCUCGUGCAGAUAGCAUGUUUGAAGGUCAGAUGGUGUAUUCUGCWCGGCAGCGCAGUGGAAUCCAGCUUGCUAUAGAAGCCCCAGUAGAAGCUGAGGUUGUGAGUACWAUACCAGAAUCAGCUACUCCAGCAGCCUUGGGCUUUUCCUUGCAGUCUGGCAUUCCYUAUAUUGAAGUGUUGACCAAGAAUCGCUAUGUUGGAAGAACAUUCAUCCAGCCCUCCAACAGACUUCGAAAACUUGGUGUGAACAAAAAAUUUGGGCCUCUUUCAGAGAAUUUCAGGGGUAAACGAGUGGUUCUUGUUGAUGACUCUAUUGUGAGAGGUAACACCAUUGGACCCAUUAUCAAACUGUUAAAACAAGCUGGUGCUAAGGAGGUGCAUAUUCGCAUUGCUUCUCCCCCACUGAAGUAUCCAUGCUACAUGGGAGUCAACAUCCCAACUAGAGAAGAACUAAUUGCCAACAAGCUGAGCCCAGAGGAACUUGCCUCUCAAGUAGGUGCUGAUAGUCUGAUGUAUUUGAGUGUUGAAGGACUUGUCAAUGCAAUUCAAUCUGGGAUCACUUUACAGAAAGAAAGGAAGAUUGGACACUGUACGGCAUGUUUGACUGGGAAAUAUCCAGUGGAGUUGGAAUGGUGAAAUGUUUUGUUCUUUGAUCAUCGAUAUAGAAGAAGUUUGAGAAUCUGCAAUCAAAUUGUAGAGCUUUCUCCUUUCAGAGAUUGUAGUGGCAGCUGUGAUGCAUACAACAAUGGCUGCUCAAAAAUAGAUCUUUUUCACUUAGGUGUAAUGGUUUCCCAUUUUCCAACAAAACAGAAAAAAUCUUAAUUAGAUUAGUAGACUCUGGCUUAUUCUUAAGAGACAUUGUACAGAUGUUUUGGUCUGAUCUCAGACCUUCUUCAGUGUAAAGACUAGAAAUGCGCGCACAUUUUGAAUCUAGUUUUUAGUGUGCACUAUUCUAGGAUUUAAAAAAGUUUCAUAAAUGUUUGGGAUCUGAAUAUGGUUUCCCUAAUGUAUAUUUGAAAAGGAAAGUCUGCAAUUGAUUAAGGUGUACGAAAAGUUAAUUUGAGUGACCAUGGUAUCUAAGAUAGCACAUUAUUGAAGCUAAGAUGAAAGGGUGUUCUGGGUAAACAGUUAAUGAGGCUAAUAUUAAUAUCCAUGUUGCAGUUUUGUGGCUCUCAAUUAUUGAUUCAAGUUACUGAACAAAGCAUGUUGUCACUCUUUAUGUAUGCAUCUGUAUGCAAACACUCAGAAUGCCCAGGGUAUAUAGUACCUAGAAUACCCUACGGUCUUACCUUUGAUU